UGGCGGCCGAUGCGGUAUGGGUGUGUUUACAUCCCCGCAGCGCACAUCCGCAAUGCCGCUCAUGUCCAGCAUCCUCACAUCAGCUGGCAGCUUCCCGGAAGCAGACGCUCGCAGCCCUACCCGCACACCGUCCAGAUGUGCACCGCUGCAUCGGGGGGUAUCGUGCAGCGACAACCCUACUCCAAAAGCGGCUGCUUUUUACAUUUCAGCUAUAUUAUUUUAGAUUGAGAUCGCUAAAUUUUAGCUGCAAUGCCCCUGAGUGCAUGUGCUCCUCUGCGCCGCGUUUGAGGAGGAGGAGGUUCAUGCUCGUCCGUGUCAGCCGCUCCCGUCCGUGCGCACCGACGGCUCUCCGGCUCUGAAUGGGCGGCGCGCCUUCGCAUCAUCCGCAGUCACUUUAAAGCAGAUGCUGGGAGAAGAUGGCCGACAGGACCGAGAUGUUUUCGCUCUCCACGCCGCAUUGCCUCUCCCCUCCAGGCUGCAGGUCAGCCCAGGACAUCAGUCUGGAGGAGUUUGAUGACGAGGACCUAUCGGAGAUCACAGAUGACUGCGGCAUCGGGCUGAACUAUGACUCUGACCCCUAUGAGAAGGACUGUCUGAUUCUGGAGAAGAACAGCCUUUCCCAUCCAAUCUGCUCAUUCCAGGAUGACUUUCAGGAGUUUGAAAUGAUUGACGAUGAUGAUGACGAUGAUGAUGAAGGCAAUGACGAGGAUGAGGAUGAUGAAGAGGAGGAGGACCUUGAGGCUCCUCCCUCUCCUUCGGCCUCCACACCAGGUUCUCCAACUGCAGGCAUACUGCAGAAGAGCCGGCCCACCACCCUGAACCUAUUCUCUACUGUCACUCAGGAUUCCUUGAACAACAACUGCGGUGUCUCUCCACGCAAGGCGAGCUGGCAGGAAUCCCUGGGCAGACCUGCCUCCCACGGAUGUUUGUCCCCAAAUCAUUCAUGCCAUGAGGACGGCACCCAUGUCCAGGGCCAGUGUGCAGCCGUGCCUGGUGUGGGGUCCCAAAGCAAAGGUACACCCCCAAAUCAGUGUGUGGAAACUGGGCUUACACGGUCGCCCCUCAAGCCCCUCCUGUACGACUAUGAGGGCAACAGACGGGAAAGGCCAGAAUACGGGUCAUUUGGUCAACAUAAAAUGUCCAGCAGCUCCGAUGCUGAAGAGGAGGUCAGCGCUGAUGACCUGUCUCAGUGCUCUGAUGCUGGAGCUGAGCAGGACCUGAGCAGUGACUGUGCCGAAAGGUCACUAAGUCACACUAGACAGGCUAAUGUCACGUACACGGUCACCAGUGAGUUAGCCAUGGACCCCGAUCUAGAGAACGACAUCACUUUAGACGUCACCAGCAGGUGCCUCUCCUCCACGGCAUUGGCUUACAGCCAGGCUGGAACUCCCCUGUCUGACGAAGAGCUAGACAAAGAUUUUGAGGUAGACUUUACAAACAAAGAAGGCUAUGAUGGCUAUAAAGAGACAGAAGCUUCAUCUUACGUAGAGUUCCCUCCUAUUGAGCCUUGUGAACCAGCAUCUUUCUCCAGUUAUGACUCUUCCUCCAUCCCAUCUGAUGGAGACCUACCAGUAGUACCAUAUGAACAGGGUCUGGACCCUCAAAGCCACCCAUCCACUGGCUCCAGUGACACCAACUCUCCAUCGUCAGACCCGGGCAUUGCCGACAUGAAUAGCAAAGGCUGCAAGCGAUAUGCUCCAUCGGGCCACAACAGCGAUAACCUCAGCUCCCCAGGAUCAGAGUCAGAUGUUGAUGGUGAGCUGGAGGCCGCCUUCCAUUAUGGGGGACCUCUGGUCAACCACAUGAUCUCCUCCAUCUCUGAGACAGAACUGGACCUGACCAGCGAGAGCAGCAGUGGUCGCUCGUCGCAUCUUACUAACUCCAUCGAGGAGGCCAGUUCACUAACUUCUGACCAGGACCUGGAGGCAGAGCUGGAGCAAGAAGGUGGACUUGUGGGUAUCAAGGCAUCCCUUCUCCUGGGGCAGCCUGAAGCUAUCAAAGAAGCCUCGCCAAGCUCUGAGUCAGGGAACUUGAGGAAUCUUGUUGAGGACCAGCUGCUGAUGGACAUGGAAGGUGCUGAUGGUGCACAUGCCAUUCAGGCAGACAAAAUGGAACCAGCUGCAGACCAGAGCGAGAAGAGUCCCUCCAGGCACCUGGUCCUGGAAAUUGAGCCAGAUCACUGCUUAGAUAGCAUUAAGAGGUCCUUCUACCUACCUGUAGCAUCCAAACUUAUGCCUGCUGUAGAUGACAAUGAGUGUGACUCUGAAUCAGAGUCAGAGGCUGAUAUUAGUGAGAAUUCGGAUUCCCCCUGGCUCCUUAGUAACCUUGUCAACAAAAUGAUUUCUGAGGGUUCUUACCCUAUCAGUUGCCCAGAGGAGUGCUUCACAAGUUCUUCCUCCAUCUCUGACGCAUCUCCCAUGUCAGGCCUGGAGACAAAUGCUUUUAAUGAGCCUUUAGACAGUCUGCAACAAGAAAUGAAAUCAAAUGGUGACAAGCUGGUAAAGAGCUCUAUGGAAACAAAGAAAAGCCCAAGUUUACACAUAGGGAUGGAUAUAGAGGAGCACCGUGCAGAAGAUGACAAGGAGGUGGCCUCUGAAUACAGUGUAAGCCAAGUGGGAAGCUACAGCUCGGGAGUGUCUCUGUACCUGAGUAACCCAGCUAAUGACACAAUCACCCCCAUCUUCAUGGAUCAAAUCAACAGGACAUCUAGUCAAGGAUCAGAAAUGGUGGAUUCAGACCAGUUUCCUUCUAAGGCUUCCGCAGCUGUUCCAAGAUCUGUGAAAAAUCAGAAGGAAGCAGAAUCAUCUUCCAAAAGUGAGCAAGUGGAGACAAAAGAGUUUGCAACCUUGUAUCUGAGCACGUGUGUGGAUGGUCUGUGUGAUGGGCAGCAGAAAGAGCAGGAGGACACAGGCUCACUCUUGACAGAGUUUAAGGACAUUCUGUCUCUGGACAUCUCCACUGCUCAGACUAAUCAUUGCUUCAGCCUGACCUACUCCACUGCGAAAGAUGAUGACUCCCUGCAGGAGUCACUCCAGUGGUCCCCAUAUGGCCAAGCCUACCUGAACAGCCCCCGCCCUGUCGGCAAGAGCGAGGGGGAGGCUCCGUCACCAAUGGAUGCUCCGAGAGCAAGGCUGUUGGACGAAUCGCUGGCCUAUGACACAAUGAAGUACACGCUGGUGGUUGACGAGACAGCCACAUUGGAGCUGGUGAGCCUGCGGAGAUGCACGUCCGUCUUGAGUGAUGACUCCGACCUCUCCACACUCUGUGAGGAUGACUGCCCCGUCAGUGGAGAUCCAGAGCUCUGCGGCACCUCUGAGGACUCCUCCCCAGAGGAGGAUCUGCCAUUCUCCAAGAAGUUCCUCAAUGUCUUUGUCAACAACACCUCACGAUCCAGCAGUACCGAGUCCUUUGCCGUCUUCUCCUGCACCAUCAACGGAAAGGAAAGGGAGCAGACACACCGGGCUGUCUUCAGGUUCAUCCCCAGGCACGCGGACGAGCUUGAGCUGGACAUAGACGAUCCCUUGUUUGUGGAGGAAGAAGAGGAUGACCACUGGUACAGGGGCUACAACAUGCGUACAGGCGAGAGGGGGGUCUUCCCUGCCUACUACGCUCAUCAGGUCGUGGGCCACGUGAGGGAGAUGCUGGGGCUGAAGAGGAACACGGCCUGGGUGGAGACCUUCUGCGUGCAGUUCCUUGGAUCAGUGGAGGUGCCCUAUCACCAAGGCAACGGGAUUCUGUGCGCAGCCAUGCAGAAGAUCGCUACCACGCGCCGGCAGACAGUGCACCUCCGCCCCCCCGCGCUCUGCGACCUGGAGGUCAGCCUGCAGGGCAUUAAGCUGGUGAUGAGUCUGGAGGACGACUACAGCCUGCUGGACGAGUUUGACAGGUGCAGUCACUCCUUCCAAAUGAAGAACAUCUCCUUUUGUGGCUGCCACCCCAAGAACAACUGCUACUUCGGCUUUAUCACAAAGCACCCUGUGCUGAAGCGCUUUGCCUGCCACGUCUUCGUGUCCCAGGAGUCCAUGCGGAAGGUGGCCGAGGCCGUAGGACAAGCCUUCCAGGAGUACUCCCAGGAACACCUGCAGUACGCUUGUCCCACAGAAGACAUCUACCUGGAGUAGGGGACACCCGCUUUUCAGCCUGCUCACCAAUUAUGUAUGUUCUUCAUAUGUUCCACAAGGGGGCGCUCAGUGCCCAUCCUCUGAUGUAAAAUAUCUUUUUCUCAGAGCAGAAGCGCAGGAGUCCUAAAUGGCGAGCACAGCUUUGGGGAGUUUUUGUUAAUUUUUUCUACUAUAUGGUAUUUGACACUGAGCAGCCAAGGAAUGCAUUUUGGAAAACAAAUCUAAUUUUCUCCCAUGUGAAAAAGUACAAAGAAUGCCUGACCUCGGUGCAUGACUUCAACUGUAAUGCAUACACACAGGAUAGACAUACACACAGGAUAGACAUACACACAGGAUAGACAUACACACAGGAUAGACAUACACACAGGAAAUGCUGUCAUUGUUAUCAACAUACUCUGUUGUAUAGAUUCUGGGGUUGGAAUGAGCUGUGUGUAAAUAUAAAUUAGGUAAAUGUCAAAGAAAUGUGGGUUUUAUUUCUACUGAAACAGACUUUUGUUGAGCUAGAGAGUUUAUGCAGCAGAUAUGCAUUCUCCGGGAAUUACACCACAAAACCUGGAAAGCCAAAAGUUACAUAUAAGAACUUAGUGUAAAUAAAUGUAUAAAAGAGAGCAGAAUUAGAUGAGUCCUUAAAUAAUGAAAGCAGUGUGCAUCCCAGGCUCACACACAGUUGUUAGGGUAUUUUCAUCUUGCAAAGUCGAUGCAGAUUGUGAGUCCGCAGGGAGCACAGGCCUGGGUGCGAAUGGGCCAUCAGUCAGAACCUAGCUGCUGUACGCCACGGCUGUCCCGGAUGUGAGUGUCUGUCCCGACCGCUCGAGGGCCCAGAAACCGCAACAGUGUAGGUGCGUGCAGCAGCAGUGAGGCGCUGCUGCCAGAAGAGGGCGCUUCUCCAGCUGGCUCCACUGGAGCAGAAGUCCUGAAUGCUUCCGGAACAGCAGUGUGAGCAGAGCGGGCUCCAGAGCGUAUUUUAUACUUAAAAAAUGUUAUUUAGGAAACAUGUACAGCUGAGUAUUUUGCUGGAGCGAUUCAACUUAGCUUCUUGCCCAUAGAGUCUCUCCCCUGCAGAACUUGCUUCUGAUCACAAGUCCGACCCUUAGCCACUUUGGCGUCCGUACUAUUGAGCUAUUACACUGUAGCGGGUGCAGACAGUUCUGUCACUGGUAUGCCUGAAGCAUCGACAUCUCGUAUUUUCAUUAGUUAUUCAAGUAAUGUAAUAUAAGCAGCCUUGUUUACCAGGAAGAAUUUGUUUUGCUAGUCUGGCUCUGCAUUGAUGUGGGGCGUGCCGGCUUGGCUCCUUCUCCCAGACACAGGGCAUUCUCUGAUCCCAAAGAUCAGACUUCCUUUUUUUCUGCGGAUUGUUGCCAGGGAUUGUGGGAUAUCAGCUUUUGAUAGCUGUUUCUUUGUGAAGGAGAUGAGACGGAACCCUUCUGAAGGUGAGCCGUGCUGCUCUUUUACCUUAUUGACGCCUGUAACCGUGAGGCGACUAACUGCCCAAAUCCAUACUUUGGUCAAGUAAAAGAAUAAAAGCUAAAGAAAGGCAACAACAGGGGUGGCAUGGUGGCACGUGGAGUUUGCAUGUACCAUCCGAAAACAUGCUUAGUUGGAGUUAUCAAAUCACCCAUAGGUGUGCUUGUGUGAGGGACUGGCAGCCCAGACUGGGUUGUUCCUGCCUUGUGCCUGUAGCCUCCAUGAUUGGCUCCAGACCCCCUGCAACCCUGAAUAGGACAAGUGGGUACAGACAGUAGAGGAUGGGGAGGAGUCAGUGCAACGGCUUAGAGACAAGUAUGGCUGAAGGAGCAUGUUGUCAGGAAGAAGUGAAAACAAAACUGCAUGUUAUGUACUUCUUAAGGAUGCUGUUUUGGUUAAUGGAGUUUUCCAAAUUAAAUAUGUACUGCAGAAUUCCCAGUCCUGGAAGCCAUAAUGGCUGUUCAGCAUCAUCUAUCAUCUCCUGCUUCAGGAGGACUGGGCCUUAGCCAUGCUUUGAAUGCUUACUGCAAACCUGCCUGAGAGGAAAGCGGCCAGCUUCCUGAAAGCUUGUCGUCAUGCCUUCUGCUCCAGCAUUUCGAUUCUAUGGACACGUUUGAAUUGAGUUCAUUCAGGCAUUUUUGUUAUGUGGUUGUAGCUAGCCAUGUCAAAUACGCUUGCGGACUUGUGAUAAAGGUAAAAAUGUGUACUAUUUUAAAAAUAUGGUGUACACUGGUUUUUUGGAUAUUGCUCAGUGUGUAUAUCUGAGGUCAGUGGAACAGAAUUAGGCGAGAUUCACAGAGGGACACUGCACCAAAACACACCAUUCCAAGAUAACCAAGUCAUUUAUCUCCAUAUGCCAAUGAUACAUCUUUAAUAUAAGACAAUAUGACAGAGAUAAUGUGCCUUUUAAUUCUUUAUGGUCUUUUGUGGGUUUUUCCUAAAGAAAAUUGGUUGGGGACAAACUUGCCCUGUCACAUUCUGUUGUGUCUUGCUUUUGAUUGUUCUUCUGUGACUGUGCUCAUCCUGGACCUGUUCCUCUGCCUUCUGUCUAGCUGAGCAAAUGCACAAAUCCAGUCCCAGAGUGACCCUGUAAGAACAAAAGACACCCGUUUCCUGUCAGUGUAGUAACAUACACUAACUCAAAUUGUGAUAUUGCUAAAUAAAAAAAAACAAACAAUUUAUUUAAGGUGAGGGUUAAAAAUGUGCACUGUGGCAGACAAAAUCAUCAGAGUCCACUAUCCCACUUAGUACUGUCAACAUCCAUAGAUAAGCUGCAACGGAGGUGGGAACCACCAGCAGCCUGCAGUUCUUUCUCCCGGUCUUGUUUUCAUCCGUUUUGCAUCAGGUUCAUGCCGCCAUUAGCAGAAGCGGAUGCUGCCUGAAUCCUGACCCAAGGAUCGGCAGCAUUUAGAUUCACUGGCUGUGUCUGCUGUUGGCUGGGAUAAUGCUAAAGCUGUAUAGAAUGUGCUGAUUUGCACUGCAGAGGCGAUUAACCUGCAUUUAGCACUGCAUUUAGCACAUGCCGACAGGCCACCGGAGGGGCUGCCUCAUGCCGACAGGCCACCGGAGGGGCUGCCUCGUGUUGACAGGCCACCGGAGGGGCUGCCUCGUGUCGACAGGCUGCCGGAGUGGCUGCCUUGUGCUAAUCAGACCGCAAGCCACACCUCACCCUGUGUGAUCUCCAGUAGAUGCUCCUGUAGCCAUGAAUGUCCUGACUUUAGCAUCUGCGCAGCCUAGCAGAUGACUCAUGUAUAGCUGUGUAGAAACAAACCUAUUUAAAGCUGAACCUUUGUACAGAUAUCUUUCAUAUGAUAGGAAGGCCUAUUGCAUCCCGCUCUGGUAUGUUAUUCAAAAAUGUGUCCUUUUGCUUUGUAUCCCUGUGUAUUUAUUGCUCCUGCCGUCAUUUCAGUGCAAGAAAGGUCCCAAGAAUGUUCCCAUCUUGAAAUGGCCAGUCCUUGCUAACCCCUCUGCUCCUGGUAGAUGCCACCAGCUCUCGCAGGUAUAAUCCCUAAGCGCGUGACUCUGGUCCUCAGCUGCAGACUCCUAACUGUAUUGACCCAAAACAUCAGUAUGUGUCCAACUUGUAUCUCUACAAUAAAGACUUUCUGACUUAUUCACAA